CCCUUAGCCCGCCACCAUGUUCCGGAGGGCGCGACUGAGCGUGAAGCCCAACGUGAGACCCGGGGCUGGCGGCAGGGGUCCGGCCGCUCCCGAGCCGCCGCGAGGCCAGCAGGUUCCCCGAGAGCCUGAGCCGGCCGCCCCGUUGCCUCCGGUGCCGGCGCCCGAAGCUGCUGCGAUCCUGCCGGGUCCCCCGCCGGAUCCUGGGUUAGCCGAGCCCCUGGAGGAUGAGGUGGUCGAGUGUGGUGAUGAAAAGCCUGCUGAGGAUGAUGUUGGAGAGUCCAGUAAAUCUUCACCAACUUCUUUACAAAGAAGAAAGCAAAUAUCCACUGCAUCGAGUCUCACUAAAUCUAGUGACCCUGUUCAGUCAACUCCCCAGUCUUCGUGCACUGUUCAACAGGAAGCACUGCAACCAAGUCCUCUUCCAGGAAAAGAAAAACAACAGUGUUCAGACCGUUAUAGGAUGCUUAAAGCUCAAAAGCUAAGAGAAAUGCUAAGAGAGGAAAUGACAAAAAGAAGGAAGCAAUGGAAAAACAAAUAUGCUGGAAAUGAAAACCAAAUGCCACCAGAUCGUUCUAAAAUGACUAUGAGAGACUUGAUAUAUUACCUGCCGGACAGCAAUCCUAUGAAAUCUUCUUUGGAACAGGAAGCAAAAACUGAAAAAUCUACGCCAGUGCAAACUAAAGAACAGGAAGAAAAAAAUAUUCCUGAUGCUGAAGGCGAUGAUGAAGAAAUGGAAGAAGAGAACAAUGACGGCCCUUUACUUGUUCCUCGUGUGAAAGUGGCAGAGGAUGGCUCUAUUAUUCUGGAUGAAGAAAGUUUAACUGUAGAAGUUUUAAGGACAAAAGGCCCUUGUGUUGUUGAAGAAAAUGAUCCCAUUUUUGAAAGAGGUUCUACAACUACAUAUUCCAGCUUUAGGAAAAAUUAUUACUCUAAACCAUGGUCUAAUAAAGAAACAGACAUGUUCUUUUUAGCCAUCAGCAUGGUAGGAACUGACUUUUCCAUGAUUGGCCAACUCUUUCCUCACAGAGCAAGAAUAGAAAUUAAGAAUAAAUUUAAACGUGAGGAAAAAGCAAAUGGGUGGAGAAUUGACAAGGCAUUUCAAGAGAAGCGCCCCUUUGACUUCAAUUUCUUUGCUCGUUUGCUUGAGAAGGUCCUUGCAGAAGAGGAAAAAAGAAAACAGAAAACUGUUAAAAAUCAAAAUGCAAAAGAGAAGAAGUCUUCUAGAUCUCGGAAAAAACAAAAUGUAAAUAGAGUUGCCAGUGGUGAAGUGAAUGAUCAGCCAGAUGAUACUCUGAAUACUAGAACUUCAGACACAGAAGGAACUGAAAUAGAUGCCGAGAUUGUUGAGAAAGAAAAUGACCAAUCUUUGAAUGUAGCAGGACAGACUGUAUUAGAGUCUGUUGUAAAUAGAAAGAAACGGAAAAGGAAGAAAAAGGAUGACACUGAUGAGCAGGAAGCAGAAAAUCUUUCAAAAGGUUCUGCUGACCUUUCAGAAACUUCUAAAGGAGAAAAGCCAAAUAAGAAGAAAUGUCAGCUUUUGGUAGCUGUAAUAAAUAAAGAUGAAUGCAAUAAAGACUUGGAAGUUUCCAAUUUUGAAAAUGUAGGCGAGAUUCCUUGCAUAUCAUUGAGUGAAAACAGUGAGAAUGACACCGAACACAUCUCUUCAGCGAGAAAUCAAAAUGAUAAUGCUGCAGCAAUAGCUGCAGGUGAAUCCUCAGGACCAGAAGCUUCAGAUUUGUCUUCUUCAAAAGCCAAAAGUAAAGAACUGACACAGAUCAUUCAAAUUGACAGCAACAUAGAAGGAAAAAUGAGUGAUACUAAUGUUAAACUUCUGGAAGCUGAAAAAGCUGAUACCAGUAACCUCCAAGUGAGGGGGCAUCCUCUGAAGCCUAAACCCAACUUGUUAAGAACAUUUGGAAAGAAAGCAGAAGCUACCAAAAGUAAAAUUGAAGCAGAGAGCAAAAAUUCAUUUCCAGAACUUCCAGGAAAUGUUAAAAAGAAUCUCAUGGAAAAAGAUGAAUGUUACCCUCCUGUUAGUACUGGAAAGGAAGUCAAAGAGACAGAGAAUCAAGAACCUGAAGAUGAAUUUCAUGAAAAACAUGGUUUACAAGAAACUGAAAAGGCGAGUACUUUCAGGCCACCAAGGUUAAUGAGGGGUCAGAUGCAGAAACCAAAGCCACAUAUAGGGAAACCAAAUGACCAGAAGGAAGUAGUAGCAGCAGAAAUCAAGAAUGGAACUAAAGGAGAGAAGUAUGAAAGGGAAUCCAGUGUCCCCCAAGGUACCCAAAUACAAACAGAAGAUCAGUCAUUCAACAAGCUUGAUGUUGGGAACAGUAGACCACAGCAUGAAAAAGAGGAUGUAGUUUCUCAGUUAUCCAAGACAGAUGAACCAGAAGCUGUUAUGGAAAAUCAGAGUCUUCAAGAUGGCAAUAAAUUAAGUACAUUCAAAGAAGGGCCUGUAAGGAGAGCACGAUUUCAGAAGCCAAGACCCAAUGUAGGAAGAGCAACUGGAAGAAGUGAAAUUAGCCCACGGGAAAAGGCAUCCAAGGAAAUAAGUGUCACUGGAAAAGUAGAGGCAGGUUUGCUUCAAACUGAUGGUGAAUUCAAUUCUCUUCCUCUCCCCAAUAACAUAAACUGUGGCUUGCCAUCCCUUGUUGAAGAAUUUGAAAAAGAAGCAUCUUCUCAAAAGGGAAUCUCAAGUCCAGUAAUUCCUCUGAAGCCUUCUUGCAUUUCUCCUUCAGAAGAAUGUGAAAAAGAUAAGGAAAUACAACCCACAGCUGAUCUGGAGCAAGUUCCAGAUGUUAGCAAAAGCAAAUGUCCUCAAGAUGAAAAGCUUUCUGUAGCUAAAAAACCUCCUUUUGUGAGAAGUCGAUUCAAGAGACCAAGACCAAACUUAAGAAGAGCAAUUGAAAAAGGUGGAGCUCCAGGAGCAGAAAAAUGUGAGUUGUUGAAGAAAUUGGAAACAGAAAAAUUGGAGAUUAUGAUACAACAUGAUGAUCGUAACCAGGACGCCAUCUCCUCCCCUCAAGAUCAUGCCUCUUCCCUUCAAGACAAAGUCUCUCCCUUCUGUCAAGAUGAUUCUUUCCCACCUCAAGUCACUAGUUUCUCCCAAGUUGAUGCUUCUUCCCCUAAAGAUGAUUCUGUUCCCCUUCAAGAUGAUUGCUCCUCACCUCAAGUCACUGCCUCAUUUCCCCAAGUUGAUGCCUCCUUCCCUAAAGAUGAUUCCAUUCCUCUUCAAGAUGAUUCCUUCCCACCUCAAGUCACUGCCUCCUGCCCCCAAGUUGAUGCUUCUUUUCCUAAAGAUAAUUAUACCCUUGCUCAAGUUGCUGACUCCUCCCCUCAAGAUCCUGCCUCACCCCCUCACCUGGAUACCUCACCCCCUCAAGACAGUGCUUCUCCCCCUCAAGUCAAUGCCUUUCCUCUUCAAGAUGAAGUUUCUUCUCUUCAAGAUGAUACUUCUUCCCUUCAAGAAGAUGCCUACCCCCUUCAAGUCAUUGCCUCUUCCCUUCAAGUUGAUGCUUCUUCUUCUCAAGACAAUGCCUCACCCCUGCAAGUCAAUAUUUUUCCUGCUCAAGUCUGUACUUCCCCCCAUCGAUUGGCUGUUUCCCCAUUCCAAGUUGAAGCCUCCUUUCAAGAUAAUGCCUCACCCCCUCGAGUCAGUGUUUUUCCUACUCAAAUCUGUGCUUCCCCCCAAUUGGCUGCCUCCCCCCUUCAAGUCAUUGCUUCUCCCCUUCAAGUUGAUGUGCCUGCCUCUCAAGACAAUGCCUCACCCCCUCAAGUUAGUGUUUUUCCUGCUCAAGUCUAUGCUUCCACUGUUCAACUGGCUGCCUCCCCCCUUCAGGUUAUUACCUCCUCCUAUCAAGAUGAUGUCUCUACACCUCAAGAUAAUGCUUUUCCCCCUCAAAUGACUGCUUCCCCUGCCCAAGAUGAUGCUUCUUCCCUUCAAAAUGAUGCCUCUCUCCUUCAAGUUGUUGUCUCACCCCUUCAAGACAGUGUCCCUACUACUCAAGUUGAUGCUUCUCCCACUCAAGUCAUUACCUCCCCUGCAGAAGAUGAUGAGUCCCCUGUUCAGGUUGCUACCUGCCAAUCUCAAGCUGAUGCCUUCCCCAUUGCAGAUGUCAACCAUCUGUGUCAGAAUGAUACAACUGAAAGUUCUCAAAAGUCUGCAAUUAAUCAUGAAGAUCCAGGUCCAGAGAAGGGGGUAGAAGACCUGCUUUUAAAAGAACAGACUCCAAAGAAGCUUUUAGAUUCAUUGAACUGUGAACUCGAAGAACCCUUUAUAGGAGCACAAGAAAAUGAUUUUGCUGUUUCUACAGGCAUCCAGAAUUCCCAACAAGAAAUUAAGAAAAAUGAUAUUCAGCCACUGCGAAUGAGGGGCCGAUUGAAGAGACCUAGGCCAAACAUAAGCAAAGUGGAACGGAGAGGAUCUAGGUUAGCAGGAAAAUGUGUUGUUGAAGAAAGGGCUAAGGAAGAAGGAAUAAUAUUGCAUAAGAAUGAAUCUGAAAGUGAAUCCUUCACCCUUCCAAGUUCUAAAAUUGAAAGUGAAGUUGUACCUUUUGAAGUGUGUGAAAGUAAGAAUCAAGGAGUUUCAGAAGAAAAUCUGCAAGUUAGCAGAACUGAAGUUUUAAAAGAACAGAUAAGCAAAGAAAAAUAUAAACUUCAUACUGUCAGCCCAGCACAGUUUAGGAGGUGCCGAUUCCAAACAGUUAAGCCAAAUUUGGAGAGGGCAUGCAGAAAGAAAGAAGAACCUGAUACUGAAAAGAUUGUGCCAAAUAAAAAUGAUACAAGAAGAGCAGAAGAUAAGUUGUUGCAGCAAGAAGACUCUGAUACUCACCAGUCUCUAAAAGAUAAAACAGAGCUACUGUCAUCCCUGGGGAUCGCACAAAGAAAAGAACAUGGGGAUUCUAGAGACUUUGCCUUGCCCAAAGAAUAUAGUCAAUCAGAAAAAUUGGAUUCCUUUGACAGGCAGCUGGAAUGUUCUUGUGACAGUGGUCCAGGAGCUACUCUCUCAUCUGUAGGUGUUGAAGAGCAAUUUCCAAAUAAAUCAACAAGGCAUACACAACAAUCAAAAGAACCAAGUUGUCUAAAAAAUACUCUGGGUCGAAGGAUAGUUACUUCCUCAAUCUCUGAAUGUGAGAUGGAUAAUAGUGAUAGGAGAAUCCAUCGGAAGUCUAAGCAAAAUUUCAGUAAAGGACGUGGGUCCAAACGUGUCCGUGCCAGGAUUUCCAGGAAGGAACCUCGGACCUCAAAGGCAGUAUUAGUAACACUACGAGCAUCUCAGGAAGAGGAUGAAGAGGAUCUAGAAGACCUUGAGUCCGAAUAUGAGGAAGAAAACUACCACCUUGCACCAGAAGAAGUCAACAAAGCACCAGUGUUUGUACCAAUUGGACUCCGCUCACCAGAACCUGUUUCUGCCCAAAUUGAGGAAACUAUGGAAGAGCUUGAAAUCUCUGUGAAUGUCCCAGAUGUACCAUGUAUUACCAUUGCUGACCACCUUCUUCCUAAUGUAAAUAUGUCAAAUGAAGAAGUGAAUCAGAAAGAAAAUCUGAAUGCCUCAGUUGAACUUGCUACAAUUGAAUAUUCUGAAGAAAAAACAGGUAACAGUGAUGGAAGCACAGAAGCUGCCAUAGCUUUACUUACAAUGGGAGGUCAAAUGUUGCAGUCAGAAAUGGAUACUGCAGGAAUAGUGUGUGUGCUUCCUGAAGAUGACUUAAGGAGCAAUACUUCUAACCCAGAGACCUUUGACCACAGAGUAGUUCUUGAACAACAAGUAAUUUCUUCACCAGGCCCUAGUACAUUGCUUACAUCACUGGAUGAAAAUAAGAUUACAUUAGAAGAGCAAAAUACUGGAAAAGAAGUGAAUAUACCUGGGCAAAUAAAGGAAAAUUCUAUACCUUCCAGUGACCAGUCUUCUAAAAAGACAAGUUCAUUGAGAACAAGAAGCAGAUUUCCUAAGCCUAAGCCAAACCUUAGUAAAAUCCUUGGAAAAGAUAGACAUGUUCGUCAGAAACUUACUAGUUUUCCUACAACUGUGGAUCAACAGGUUGACAUCCAGUGUGAAACAGAAUGCAGUGCUUCCAAAGGAGCAGAGUUGGAAGAUAUAAACCUAGAAUCAAAGAUUAAGACUGACAUACAGACUGGCAAGUUGACAGAUCUAUGCAGCAUUGAAUGCACUAAUGAUGGCAAAGAAGUGAACGAAUUUCAAAGUGAAGAAAACCAGGACAAAGAAUCUCAAGAGUCUCAAAUGGUAUCUGCUUCUCCAUUAGCCACUACCAGUUCCCAUGAUAGCAACUAUAAUCUCGCUGAGAUGCCUAUAGGAGAAUUUCUGAGCAGUGGUAAUGAUAAGCACAACUUAUUAAUGACUCAUUUUGCACAGGAGUGCAGAUUGAAUACUGCUACAGAAGUUGAGCAGCAGAAUGUAAUCAGCCCAGAUGACCCAACAGUGAAUCAGGUUGAUAGUGAACAUCGAGGCGAAGAGGAGGAGCAGACAGUCAUUUUGACUCUGGUAGAAAUUCCAACAGACUCAGAAGAACAAUUUGCUGGUACAUCUGAUUUAUUAUUAAUUGGCCCUCUACUGCCAGCACCCAUAUUGGUCAAAUCAACAAAUAAAGAAGAAAGGGGAGACCUGAGCUUGAAUUUCCCAUUUGGUGAAGAUGUCACACAAUUAUCUAAUUAUGGUAUUAGUGUCCAGCCAUCUCCUGAAAAGUCUCCAACUGAUAUGGAUCUGACAUUGAGUAAGACACUUGGUUGUAGCCUUGAAAAAAGCAAUAGCCUUAUUGCUCCUACAGAACCUAGUGUUUCUACUUCGGGAGAAGAUUGUCAGACAAUCAUCUCUGAGGUGUGUUCAGAUGAAUUAAUAAGUAUGCACAAGAAUGCUGCAGGAGAGCCUUAUGAAAAGCAGACAGUUGUGCCUAUCUUGGGAAGCACAUGUACAAUUGCAGAGCCUCAAGAGACACAGAAAGAGCCGUCAGAAACCAGUGUUCAGGGUUCAGGAACUGUGUCUUGCGUUGAGGUGACAUGUACUGAGAAAGAAGAGGAUGCUCCUCAUUUACCUCAGGAUGAAGUUGUAAUCUCUGACAAGCAUGAAAGAACUGGGGCUACUUAUCAAUUAGAACAGAGUAGCAAGCCAUCCUCUUUGUUAUCCAGACCUGGCCGAAGACCCCUGGGAUUUUUGUCUUUGAUAUGUUCAAAGAAUAAUUUAGAAUCUGAAGAAGCCACACCAAUGAAUAAUCAAAAACGUUUGAAACCUUUAAUACCUAUAUCAAGACGUAAUAUUAAAAGACCAGUGCUCCUAAAUGAAGGCAAGAGAAAAAAGCAAGAUUCUUGUCCCCUUCCACCUGCAAGUGCUGAAACUCAUUCUGAAGCUGGUACUGUUAGCAGCUCAACACCUCAGGUUUCCUGUGAUCAGUCAGUUGAGGAAGAAAGUUGUAAAAGUGACCAAAAGAUGGAAACUGAAGAGGAACCAACCAAAGUUGCUGAAUAUUUUUUUAGUGAUAUUUUUAUGGAAGUGGAUGAAACACAGUAAACCUGAAGCUUUUUUAUGCAGCUUGGGAUUUUAAUUCUGAAUUGCAACAACAAAGCAGUAUUUAGCUAGAGGAUCACUGUUGAUUUUUCUUGGGGUUAUUUUGUAUUUAAUGAACUUUGCCUUGAAGCUUUUAAAAUCACUGGAGUACAUUAUGAAUAUUUCCUUCAAAUUAGUUGAGUCAAGCAGUUAGGACUGGUUUAUCAAAUAAAUAAUGACUCUUGUUUACAUUUUGACCCACCUCUUGUGCUGGACACAUGUGGACACUUUCUGGUGUCACAGAUAAAUGCCUUUUCAAUCGUAGGCCUGAGGUCUUCGGAGGUUGGUUGUAUAUAACAUUUAGUGAACACUUCUUUUUGUGAAGUAAUUUCUUGGUAGGGGCCUUUUAAAUUGCCUUUGUAAUAAGUAGAUGGAAGCAGAUUGUGAAACUUUAGAGAAUGGCAAAGAAACAACCAUUUUCUGUUAUCAGCUAUUUCUCUGACUAUAAAUAUGUAUUUUUGUAAUAAAAGAAUCCAUAUUGGUGUAAAAUUGAUGGUUUAAAUUGAAAAGUAAAUAUUUAACUUCCAUAUUUGUAUAGAGGUGAAACAUCAAAGAGCUUAUUUAUUUAUUUUUUAUUUAUUUAUAAGAAUGCUGUUCUGUUGUAGUCUUUUCACCUGACAGGCUUGUGGGUUAGGUAGAAAUGAUCGUCAGUAUUCAAUUAGGAAUAUUCCUCCAUUUUGAAGCCAUUAACCAUGUUUAUUAUAAUCUAAUAUAUUUGGAUUCUUGGGAGUUGUGAAGCAGAGAGAUUUUCCUCAGAUCUUAGUUGACUAACUUGGCUCUCAGUGGUAUUUUAAGUGGGCUUUUGUUUUUUUUAAUUCAAGAUAAUCACAUGCUUUGCAAAAAGAAAAACUCUUGCUUUUUAUUUCUAUAAGUUAAUGAUUGUAAAUUGCUAAGUCUUUUGCUGCUUCUUUCUUCCUUUCCUAAAUUCUAUAUGAGUUGGUCAGGCAAGACCUCAAAUAAGCAGUUUGAGUUGUGGUUAAAAAAAAUUCCAAUAGAUUAUCAAUUAGACAAUUGAAUUCAUACAUUCUGUUUUCAAUGUAAACUCUUGGCUAAUUAUUCCAUUUAAGAGUCGUAAUUUCAAGGUGCAGUGAUUCAUCUGUAUAAUCUAGUUACCACCACAAUCUCUUCUCUGCACCUCCUCUACCCUAGCAGUUCUGAUAAAACCUCCCAAAGAAUACUUAGGGUUUUCCAUGAGUAGCUUGUUUUUUAGUCUUCCAUUAAUUAUUUCGUGUUUGAUGUCAUGAAUCUUUUCCUGAAAGUAGAACUCUUCAGAAUGUAUAUUGAAUUCUAAAUUUUACAUAGAAAAAAAACAAUUUCCAAAUCUGCCACCACCUAUAAAAUUUUUCUUACUCUUUAAGGCUGGGUAACAAUUAAUAAUGAAACAUGUUACCAAAUUAGAAGAGAAAAAAGCUGUACUUAGACAAAUAGUUAUAUAAAGUUCCUGAAUGUGAUCUAUAUAUACUUUAAAAAUUGUGUAAUUGAGAAGGGGGAUCAGAAGGUAGAAUCUGGAACAACUCCAGUCUGGAGAAGUAGCCUUAGACCAUGGAAGAGACAUUCAGACACCAUUAGGAAAUAUAUAGUUUUGAGUUCAGGCUGGGAGAGGGGAGGGGGGAGGGUGAGUGGGAACUAAUUACAAGAUUCCCAACUUGAUUUCUUCUUUAUUAUUCUCUCAGGCUAAAGGCAAGUAACAAAAGCCAGUAAAAACUAAUCAUCCUAUACUUCAUUUAGGUUUUGUAUAAGCCAGAUUUUGGGAAAAGAUGAUUAGAUCAAUACAGAAAUUAUUUUGAUUCAAAUCUCUUUCCCAAGAAAUUUUUUCUUAAGUCAUGACUACUGCCCAUAAAAAAAGGGGGGCAGUUAAGUCUAAAGUCCAUUGAGGAAGAAUGAGAUAGAAUUACAGUAGAAGGGAUACCUGCAAGUCAGAGUGAAGAUUCCUUCCCCUCAGGCAUGCAUAUGUUUUUCAUUCAUUUAAACACCAGAUACAGAAAAAUCAUGAAUUAUGAAAUUGCUUUUUCACUGUGCUGUUUUUUAAGUUUUAAGCUAAAUUUAUUUCUCUCUGAAUUUGUAUUCAGAAUUAUAUUGUAUGAUGGAACAAUAGUUCAGAUUACCCCUUGUGAACUAAUUUAUAUGAAUAGUGCUAAUUAAACUUUUGUCUCUUGCAGAUUUCAUUUGUAAACAGCAACUUUGGAGAAAUGUUAUGUUUUAUUGCGUGUACAGUGGGUUGAUCUGAUUGUUUUAAAGAAUCAAGUCAUUUAAAGGAUCCUUAUAGAAAAACCGAUCUCAGAAAAAAGAAAAUAAAGCAAAUAUAGUACUACUAUGAAAAUGAAAAGAUUUAUUCACAAAUAUUUUAGGUCUCAGCCAGAUUCAAAAGGUUUCACUUUUGUAUUUUUAAAAUAUUAAUUAUAGGAAAUAUGAUUGUAUCUUUAUCUUUCCCUGUGGAGUAUAAAGAUUUUUUUUCUAAUUGCCACAUAGGUCAAACUAUAUGUCCUAUCUCAAAAUGCAUUUCUGAAAAUAGGAAGUUAUUAUUCUAAAGGAAAAAAAUUCAGAAAUGAUCAAUGCAAAAACAGAUUUUUUUCUGUUCACACCUACUAGUUACACACCUACUAGUUGCAUACUUGUGAUUUGAGAUAGAAGAGAUCAUCUAUACUAUGUUGCCUAACAGUUUAUUGAUAAAAAUGGGGGGAAAUGGUCAUUUGUAAACUUUCUUGUUUCAAAGAAAGUGAUGAUCUUUCAUAUAUGUAAAUUAUGUGAAUAAUAAAGCAAUUUUAUACCACUCA